CCCGGUGGCUGCUGAGGCGGCCGAGAUGCUUGUGCGCACAGCGCGCCCCACUGUAUCCUCGACCUUCUCAGGCUACAGGGACCAUAAGUGGCGACUAUGGGCAGACUGGGCUAUUGGACCUUGCUGGUGCUGCCGGCACUUCUGGUCUGGCGCGGUCCCGCGCAGGGCGCGGCGACGGAGAAGGGUCCCCCGGCGCUGAACAUUGCGGUGCUGCUGGGUCACAGCCACGACGUGACAGAGCGUGAACUGAGGAACCUGUGGGGCCCAGAGCAGGCAGCUGGGCUGCCCCUAGACGUGAACGUGGUAGCACUGCUGAUGAACCGCACUGAUCCGAAGAGCCUCAUCACACAUGUGUGCGACCUUAUGUCCGGGGCGCGCAUCCACGGCCUCGUGUUUGGGGAUGACACCGACCAGGAGGCCGUGGCCCAGAUGCUGGAUUUUAUCUCCUCACAGACUUUCGUCCCCAUCCUGGGCAUCCACGGGGGCGCAUCUAUGAUCAUGGCUGACAAGGAUCCGACGUCUACCUUCUUCCAAUUUGGAGCGUCCAUCCAGCAACAAGCCAUGGUCAUGCUGAAGAUCAUGCAGGAUUACGACUGGCAUGUCUUCUCCCUGGUGACCACCAUCUUCCCUGGCUACAGGGACUUCAUCAGUUUCAUUAAGACCACAGUGGACAACAGCUUUGUGGGCUGGGACAUGCAGAACGUGAUCACCCUGGACACUUCCUUUGAGGAUGCAAAGACUCAAGUCCAGUUGAAGAAGAUCCACUCUUCUGUCAUCUUGCUCUACUGUUCCAAAGAUGAGGCUGUCCUCAUCCUGAGCGAGGCCCGCUCCCUUGGCCUCACCGGGUAUGAUUUCUUCUGGAUUGUCCCCAGCUUGGUCUCUGGGAACACAGAGCUCAUUCCCAAAGAGUUUCCAUCAGGACUGAUUUCAGUCUCCUAUGAUGACUGGGACUACAGCCUGGAAGCGAGAGUGAGGGACGGCCUGGGCAUCCUAACCACUGCCGCAUCUUCUAUGUUGGAGAGAUUCUCCUACAUCCCGGAGGCCAAGGCCAGCUGCUAUGGGCAGACAGAGAAGCCAGAGGCCCCAGUGCACACUCUGCACCAAUUUAUGGUCAAUGUGACAUGGGAUGGCAAAGACUUGUCCUUCACUGAGGAAGGCUAUCAGGUGCACCCCAGGCUGGUGGUGAUUGUGCUGAAUAAGGACCGAGAAUGGGAAAAGGUGGGCAAGUGGGAGAACCAGACCCUGAGCCUGAGGCAUGCCGUGUGGCCAAGGUACAAGUCCUUUUCGGACUGUGAGCCGGAUGACAACCACCUGAGCAUCGUCACCCUAGAGGAGGCCCCCUUUGUCAUUGUGGAAGACAUAGACCCGCUGACCGAGACGUGUGUGCGGAACACUGUUCCAUGUCGGAAGUUCAUCAAAAUCAAUAAUUCAACCAAUGAGGGAAUGAAUGUUAAAAAAUGCUGCAAGGGGUUCUGCAUUGAUAUCCUAAAGAAGCUCUCCAGAACUGUGAAGUUUACCUAUGACCUUUACCUGGUUACAAAUGGGAAGCAUGGCAAAAAAGUUAACAACGUGUGGAAUGGAAUGAUUGGUGAAGUGGUCUAUCAGCGGGCAGUCAUGGCAGUUGGCUCACUCACCAUCAAUGAGGAACGUUCUGAAGUGGUGGACUUCUCUGUGCCCUUUGUGGAGACAGGGAUCAGUGUCAUGGUUUCAAGAAGCAAUGGCACUGUGUCACCGUCUGCUUUUCUAGAACCAUUCAGCGCCUCUGUCUGGGUGAUGAUGUUUGUGAUGCUGCUCAUUGUGUCUGCCAUAGCUGUUUUUGUUUUUGAAUACUUCAGUCCUGUUGGAUACAACAGAAACUUAGCUAAAGGGAAAGCACCCCAUGGGCCUUCUUUUACAAUUGGGAAAGCUAUAUGGCUCCUUUGGGGCCUGGUGUUCAAUAACUCCGUGCCUGUCCAGAAUCCUAAAGGUACCACAAGCAAGAUCAUGGUGUCCGUGUGGGCCUUCUUUGCCGUCAUAUUCCUAGCCAGCUACACAGCCAAUCUGGCUGCUUUUAUGAUCCAGGAGGAAUUCGUGGACCAAGUAACUGGCCUCAGUGACAAAAAGUUUCAGAGACCUCAUGACUAUUCCCCACCUUUUCGAUUUGGCACAGUGCCUAACGGCAGUACCGAAAGAAACAUUCGGAAUAACUACCCCUACAUGCAUCAGUACAUGACCAAAUUUAAUCAGAAGGGAGUAGAGGACGCCUUGGUCAGCUUGAAAACAGGGAAACUGGAUGCUUUCAUCUACGAUGCAGCAGUCUUGAAUUACAAGGCUGGGCGGGAUGAAGGCUGCAAGCUGGUGACCAUCGGGAGUGGGUACAUCUUUGCCACCACUGGUUAUGGAAUUGCCCUCCAGAAGGGCUCCCCUUGGAAGAGGCAGAUAGAUCUGGCCCUCCUCCAGUUUGUGGGUGAUGGUGAGAUGGAGGAGCUGGAGACACUGUGGCUCACGGGGAUCUGCCACAAUGAGAAGAACGAGGUGAUGAGCAGUCAGCUGGACAUUGACAACAUGGCGGGCGUGUUCUACAUGCUGGCGGCUGCCAUGGCCCUCAGCCUCAUCACCUUCAUCUGGGAACACCUCUUCUACUGGAAGCUGCGCUUCUGCUUCACGGGUGUUUGCUCAGACCGGCCAGGACUGCUCUUCUCCAUCAGCCGGGGCAUUUACAGCUGUAUUCACGGGGUGCACAUUGAAGAAAAAAAGAAGUCACCAGACUUCAAUCUGAGCGGGUCACAGAGCAACAUGUUAAAACUCUUUCGGUCAGCCAAAGACAUCUCCAACAUGUCCAACAUGAACUCCUCAAGAAUGGAUUCUCCCAAAAGAGCUGCUGACCUCAUCCAAAGAGGUUCCCUCAUCAUGGACAUGGUUUCAGACAAGGGAAAUUUGAUAUAUUCAGACAACAGGUCCUUUCAGGGAAAAGACAGCAUAUUUGGGGACAACAUGAAUGAACUUCAAACAUUUGUGGCCAACAGACACAAGGAUAACCUCAAUAACUAUGUGUUCCAGGGUCAGCACCCUCUGACUCUCAACGAGUCCAACCCUAACACAGUGGAGGUGGCUGUGAGCACAGAACCCAAAGGGAAUUCCAGGCCCAGGCAGCUUUGGAAGAAAUCCGUGGAAUCUCUACGCCAAGAUUCAGUGACCCAGAACCCAGUCUCCCAGAGAAAUGAAGGAACAGUGGAGAAUAGGACCCACUCCCUAAAAAGUCCUAGGUACCUUCCAGAAGAGGUGGCCCACUCAGACAUUUCAGAAACUUCAAGUCGGGCCACAUGCCACAGGGAACCUGACAUCAGUAAGAAUCACAAGACCAAGGACAACUUCAAAAUGUCAGUGGCCUCCAAGUACCCCAAGGAUUGCAGUGAGGCUGAGAGGUCCUACUUGAAGACAAAAACAAGCUCCCCCAGGGACAAGAUCUAUACCAUUGAUGGUGAGAAGGAGCCAAGUUUCCACCUAGAUCCCCCCCAGUUUGUUGAAAACAUGGCCCUUCCUGAGAAUGUGGACUUCCCAGAUGCCUACCAGGACCACAAUGAGAAUUUCCGCAAGGGGGACUCCACACUACCCAUGAACAGGAACCCUCUGCACAAUGAAGAGGGGCCUCCCAACAAUGACCAGUAUAAACUCUACUCCAAGCACUUCACCUUGAAAGACAAGAGUUCCCCUCUCAGCGAGGGCAGUGACCGUUACCGGCAGAACUCCACACACUGCAGGAGCUGCCUUUCUAACCUGCCCACCUACUCAGGCCAUUUCACCCUGAGGUCUCCCUUCAAGUGCGAUGCCUGCCUACGGAUGGGGAAUCUCUAUGACAUCGAUGAAGACCAGAUGCUUCAGGAGACAGGUAAUCCAGCCACCCAGGAAGAGGCCUACCGACAGGACUGGGCACAAAACAACACCUUCCAGUUCCAAAAGAACAAGCUAAGAAUUAGCCGUCAGCAUUCCUACGAUAACAUCCUUGACAAACCUAGGGAGAUGGACCUUAGCAGGCCCUCUCGGAGCAUAAGCCUCAAGGACAGGGAACGUCUUCUGGAGGGAAAUCUAUAUGGGAGUCUUGUUAGUGUCCCCUCCAGCAAACUCUUGGGGAACAAAAGCUCCCUCUUCCCUCAAGGUCUGGAGGACAGCAAGCGGAGCAAGUCUCUCUUGCCAGACCACACCUCUGAUAACCCUUUCCUCCACCCCUAUGGGGAUGACCAACGCUUAGUCAUUGGGAGAUGCCCUUCGGACCCUUAUAAACACUCCUUGCCAUCCCAGACAGUGAAUGACAGCUACCUUCGAUCAUCCUUGAGGUCAACGGCAUCGUACUGUUCCAGGGACAGUAGAGGCCACAACGAUGUGUAUAUUUCCGAGCAUGUUAUGCCUUAUGCUGCAAAUAAGAAUAAUAUGUACUCUACCCCUAGGGUUUUGAAUUCCUGCAGCAAUAGACGUGUGUACAAGAAAAUGCCUAGUAUUGAAUCUGACGUUUAAAACCUUCCUUUAAUGUUUUAUCUAUAGAGAAACAUAUAUAAUGGCCAGCGUUCUGGAGGGAAAAUGUUGGAUGUCCAAUAGUACCCUGCAAAGAGGAAGAGGAUUUAGGAAGGCAUUUUUUUUUGUUGGUUCUUUUGCACAUGGCUACAUGCCAUAGUCUUCCACUCAAGGAAUAUUGUGAGGUGUAUGCUGAGAGUGGUAGAUAUGAGAUAGGCGAGUCCUUGACCAAAAAUAAUAAAUAAAAGGGCAAGUCUCCUGGACAUGCCCACUAGGUAUGUUGGCAGUAAUGAUGCCUUGGAUGUCAAUGGUGAUGUUGUGAUUUCCUAUAUUCCAAAUUCUAUUAAGUCAGUCCACCAUGUGAUUUUCUCAUCAGAAAUGCCUAAUGGUUUCUCUAGUACAGAAUAAGCAAUAUGGUAUGCAUGUAAAUCCGAUACAGACCAAAUAAAUCUGCAUUGCAGUGAGAUUGAUAUGUGCAAGAGAUUAGAAAGUUUGGCUUUGUAACCGUUUCAGCUUUACUGUCAUGCCUUCCAUCACAGCCCACGCCCAAGCCCAGGACUCCAGGCUCCCCCAAAGAAUAGCAAAUCAGUGGGUUUCAAGCUAACUAUGCUACCUUCAUUAUAGUCUAUUUCUAAGACACAUCUGGAAUAAAAGACCAAAAGGGCCCUCAGGCACAGAGCUACAAGAAUAUCUUUGGCUAUCCAUUUGCGUGUUACACAGACACUCUCACCCUUGGCUUUAAUGGUCUUGUUCAGAGCUGUGUAAACUAACACGUGUAUGACUUCAAUAUCUAAGUGUGGAUCUUCUGUCUAUGACAUAGUGGCCAUUGUAGUUUAUCUUGAAGACUCCUGUGUAUGUAAGUUUGCAUUUCACCCCUUCUGGUGAUGACUCAGGGUUGUAUAGUAUCUGUUACCCCUUUCCUCCUAGAGUAACCGUAGCUCAUUCAGUUGCCGAACAGCCAUGGUGGUGUCUAAUUAACUGUGUGUUGCUGUUCCCAGGGUUGUUAAUGUGGUGGCACGCACCAACAGCCAUAUGUGUGCUGUGAUCUGUAAGAAGUCCAAUGCCAUCUGUCUGCAGAAGGCUAGUGUGGUUUUAGGUUUAUGUUUCUUAACGUCAUGAAAUUUAGUUGGACACUCAUUUCCACCCCAGCCUCCUCAAAUCAAAAGCCUUCAAAACAUGAGAGGCACUCAAACAUCUACCCUGAGCAUCCUCCAAAUUAUGGAUAAACAUCAGUGGGACAAGUGAUUUCUCUCUUCUGAAAUAUUCACUCUGUUGGAGCCUGUCUCACUAACACCAACAGAAGCAGAUGAAAAAUUCCUCAAAACAUUUGUCAUUUCCUAGUCUCCUCCAUUAUCCCAUUUUUACUCUACUGAAACCUGUGCAUGUAUGAUAUGAAAUGAUACUCAUUUAACAUAUUUGGGGGGAGAGAGAGGAUCUUGAUCCCUGGGGAGCUCUCAGCACUGUGCCUGGCACAUGCCAAGUGCCUAAAUAAAUAAAGACCAUUGUUAUGAUACUUUAUCAGACCAGAAUUUUCUAGUUUAAAGAUUAAAUAUUAUAAAAAACACAAACAACAUUAAAUAUUUUAUAUAUUAAUCUAAUAAUUACUGUAUUUUAAAUAUAUUACUAUCCCUGAAAUAUUUGGGAGGAGUAGCCAUCAGUUUUUUCAGAGUACCUCGGUCUGUUUUGUGACGUGCUGCAGAAACCCUACACUAAUGCACACCAGCCUGACUGUUGUUUCCUCCUGCAUUUUGCUUUGGGUUCUUAGAAAAGGGGACAGAGUGGCAUGUUGAAAAGUUUUCUUGUUUCUUUUAUUAAUGGUGAGUUCUAUUUUGUAGGUAGUGCUUUCCUGUGAGUGGGCAGGUGUCAGGAAUAAUUCUCUUUGAGCUUGAAGAUUCAUUGAAUGGCUCCAUCUCUGGGGAAGUGCACCUGACUUACAAUAUUCCCACAAUGAUGAAAAUUGUUUGUAGUAAAUCUCAGUCAGUAGUAGAGAGGCAGAGAAAGGCUGGGUGAGGAAGCCUUGCCAUGAUUUUUGAGAUAGAAAGGAAGAAGGGACUGACUAGAUGUGGAUAACAAAUAUGCUUGAACUCUUUAUUUUGUAUUUGAACACAGGAUACUGCAACUUUGCCUUUUGUAAGUCCAAUAAUGGAGGAGCAUAGAUUGAAGGAUCUUGAAUAGUCACCCCAAUUUCCAAUCUUAGGUAUAUCAUUGACUCUACCAUCUUUUAGAACAUUCUGCCUUUGCCCUUCCAUUGCAUCCUAGACCUAUCUUCCCUCAGCCAGGAUCACCUUCAUUCACCUACAAGUUUGGCAUGUCUUAACAUGACAUGAAUUAAAAAGUCUCCCCAGAAUACAGAGCAGUGGUAUGUCACUAAUCCAAAGAGGCUUUGUCUUUCUCCAGUGUCCUCAAAAUGCAUGGGGUUGCCAAAUGUGACAGAGAUCUCCAGGGAAAGUGCAAAUUACAUGUGGAAUGAUUCCAUGGCUGAAAAGGCCUUCUAAUAACAGCAUUAUUUCUGUUAUAAACUCCAUACUUCUCUGGGUAAGAAACUAAAAGUGUGACUUUUAGAAGAACCAAUAGUAAUGUACUGAAAAAAUAUACUUCCUUCAUACCAAAAGUUUUUCUAAAAAAUAGUCAGAAUUUAUUGCUAUAUAAUAAAUACCUAAUUUCCCUCCUAUACUCAUUCACUGAUUCUUAGUUGAAUCAGUGAAUGAUUCACUGAUUCAUUUUCUUAUAUUCUGGAUCAUCCCACCCAGAAUGAUGAUCCAGAAUAUAAGAAAAUUGGCCAUGGAUGAGAUGGUCAAUUUUCAAGUGACAGGUGAUGUUUGGAGCUUUUCAGAGGUAAUUCACAUCUAGUAAGUUCUUUGGGAAAAGAAUAUCAGGAGUACACUGCCCAACAGUAAAGUACGCCUACAGUACAGGAGGUAACAAAAAUUAAACAGAAAGCCCUGAACUAUGGAUCCAUCUCAAAGGGCUCUGUGACCUUAGAUUUGUUCAUGCCAAGGAGCCAGAAUCUCUGAACCCAAUUUUCUGCCUGAGUUAUACCUGACUCAAGUCAGAGCUGGUAUCGUAAUGAUGUUUCAUUAACUUUAUAUGAUUUUCUCCUUUUGAAAAGGACCCAACUAAUAUACCUAAAUGCAAAUGCUCAUGUUCCUGCCCAUGUGUAACAGUACGUACAUGCAACCAACUUAAAAUAUUCUGUUAAGAGGACAGUCUUCUAGGGCAUAAAUUCUAUCCUGGGAAAUGUGCAUUUGUGGAAAAUAGUUUUGCUUAUUACCCCACACUCAGGUUCUUAGGUCACGGCUGGCUUCAAUUCUCUAAGAAGGCAUGUUCCCGUUAAGUCUAUUUUUCUGCCUGUGAGGCUUCCAUGAGAUGUGUGAGAUUAUAAUCUCCCCACAUGUUACUCUUCCGUCCUUUGCAAAUCUCACUGCAUGAUUAUAGCCAGCACCAUGACCAGGUGUCUCAUGGAGUGUACUUUGUUUUCUCUUCCCUGUUUCACAGGGAGCCUGAGCAGUGUUCAUACUUAGCUUUUCUGAUGAAAGCAUUAAAAUUCACCCAUUGCAGCAAAAUGAGUCAAAUCAAUUCAUGCUUAUUUUCAGGGGGGAAAAAAAGAAAAUUACACCUUGUUUACAAAUGAAAUAGUUUCAUUUAAAUGGGACUCUAGCCAAGGCAGUUAAUUAGUCAAAAGAUCCAUGGCAGGCACACAUUGUUUAUUCUAUUUGAUAUGUCUAGUGCUGAUGUGUAUUUAAUAUUCUGCUUCCUUCUCAGGAAAUGACAAAUGCCCUGAAUUCUUUGCAAAUAGAAUUGCUAAUGAAAAAGGGAAAAAAGUUGGUGUUAAUUAAAUGGUGAUUAAAAAUUUAUCUCCUUUAAACCUUAAAAGUGCAGCUUUAAUAAUCAGUUGUCAUAUAAAUAAAUACGUUACACAGAAAUCCCUUGCAGUUUGAGACCUAAAUAAAUAUUCAUUUGAGAAACCUAAAUAUCUUUCAGAAGAGCUGAAUUACUCGUUAACUUGAUGUACAUUCCUGUACUGUUUCUUUGUGCAUUGCUCUUGUGCGUGAAUCCUUGAAGAGAGGACAUGAGCUGUCUCUGCAAUGGAUCCUGUUUUUGUAUUAACCAUGGCUAUAAUACACAUAAUUGGACUUCAAGGUAAAAAUGCAAAAUGAAACUAAGUAGGUGGAAGCUAAACUUAUUGGUUGAUAUUUAAUAUGGGUUAAAGGUUCUCUAUAAAGGUAAUUUCCAUUCUAAAAGCAUUGUUUAUUUUCACUUGAGACAAAAUGAGACAUUGCUGGAUACCCCCAUCUUCUUUUGGUCAACAGGGUUGAAAGUGCUUAAUGAGAGGUAAAGUGGGGCCUCUACUUGAAAAGUUCUUCCAAUAUGCUGUUGUCCUCUCCCAUUUUAUCCCUUUCCAUUGUACUGUGUUCAUAUCUAAUUGUAUCACAUGAGGUCAGCUUGCCACUGGAUAGAGAUCGGAGAUAAUCAAAUGCACUUAUCCUGUGAAUACAAAUGCUUGUGUACACAUGUAUAUACUAUACAUGCUUGAUUUCUACAAUUCACACAUAAGUGUAUUAUACAAAUAAAAUUGUACAUAAUGUAAAGUUUAUGUUAAAAGUUGAAUGGUGAUAAUGGUAUUAACACAUGGAAAACCCAUUCUGGUUACUGAUGGGAUGAUAUUUAUGUAGAGAGGGCACUAUUUUUUUAAAAAUCUCAGUUCUAGGGAGGGUGACAGAGCCCAGUGGGAUUUGGGUGUUGGUGUUCUUGACCCCUUCUUUAAAAAUGUGUCUGGAGUUAGGAGUAUGGAAUAUAUUCUGCUCACAUUUGCUUCUGAAGACAACACUGGUAAUGGACAUGUGUAUAAUUUCUGUAAACCAAUCAAAGGGCAUGUUUCCUAUUAAAUUCCUUAUCCUCUUCCCCCACCCUCACUCUUUCUGUGGCCAGAAGUACUCUCACUAGAGUAUCAAAGGUGCCUGCCCAGGAGGGCCUUAGAAAAAUAUAACUUAAAGAAAUACACCAAGAUGUAGGGGAAGGGGUGAAAGAUGGGAACACUAAGAGGAAAUGAAGUUCCCAAGGAGUCAGUAAUCUAUAUGGUCUUCAGGUUGACAGUAUCAGAGCCAGGUCUAGAACCUAAGACUUCAUGGCCCAGUUCCCAGCUUGGUUCCCUUUACCAUGCUGACUCAUUUAUAUGUUUCUCUUGAGGGCUCUCUUGAGUCCCUCUGUGAUAAAAGCCAGAGAACCUCAUAGAAUUGACCCAUCUUUCUUUGCCUCUUGCCUUCCACAGACCCAAGCAUCCCUCUUUGAGUUUUGGUUUUCCUUUGAGAUCCCCAGCACUCCCUGCCUCAGAGUCCUGGAAAAGAGAAAACUUUUUUUCAAGAACCUGUUUCCUGGGAGGAGUCAAUGAAAGCUAUAGUUUAAAACCUCAAACCAAAGAUGUAAGCUGGCAGUGAUCAUUGAGAUGAUAGAGUUCUCUUCCUCAUAAGCUAAGGAUGAGUAAAGGACACUGAUCAGCUGAUAGCAAUCGACUGAAUAUCCACUCUCCUUUUAAGGCCAAUUUGGGAUUGGGGGGUUGCAAAGGGAAUAGAAAAUAUAGUCUCUUGCCAUGGUAGCUUAUGGUCUAGGCAUUAAGUUCUUUAAUACAAAAGAUAACCAAGGACCCAGGAAAUGCAAACAGAGUAAAUGUAGAAAUUAGAAAUGAUGAAUAAUGUUUUUGCCAGAAAAUAAAAAUCUAUCUGAUUCCACGAUCAAAGAAACAAAACACCCUCCCCUAGAUCUGUCAGUAACUUUAGAGAAUAUAAUUGGUGCUCCUGGGGAUGCCCUUGGUUACUUGAACCUUCAAAGUUGGUAUUUAGGAAGCCUAGGAAUGUCUAAACAGGUGACUAAACUUGCCCUUCCGUAUUUUGCACAUACAGGCUCAGAUCUGAUUCCACUCAGUUCUCCAGCCUUUGCCUCCUUCCCUCUCUACUUUAUAUGUGCUUUAAGGAGAGGUUGGAAAAAAUCCUCAAAAGUUUAAAAAAUAGACAAUGAUGUAAAAAGACUGUUUCCUGAAAACCUUUUUGUUUGGUUUUGUUUUUGACUUGUGAAGAAUACUUUUGAUAGUUCAGGUUAUAAAUGUAUCAGGGAAGGGAGCAGGGAAAAUUCCUUGUUGAGUCCCAAGUGCCUACUGUUGUGGCUGGUAAAAAAGAACACAUCAGGUGCCCUGGAGAGAAAAUGGGGCAGGGAAAUUUCAGGAAAAUGGUGGGUGGGGAGUGAGCUUAUUUUUCUCUGUCCAUCCUAUUCUUACAUUACUGGAAUAUUAGAUUUUUUGCUUAUCCCAAGUAUAUGCCUUGGGUCAGAAGUUAAACUUAGAAGUAUUAAAAUAUAUCUGUGUUGAGUAUAGACAAUAUUCUAGGCAUAUCCUAGAGUAUGAUUCUUAAAAUAACCUUAGACUGUAAGUCUGAGUGCUCCCAUUUUACAGAUAACGAAACCGGGGCUCAAGUCCAUCUCAGCCUCAUCAAUAAAAAUUUGCUAGUAAAUCCCUAAUGUUAGGCAUAUAUUCUUAAAGUGCCUGAUCUCCUUCAUAGAGGUCAGAAUAGAAGUCAGAAAGAGAGAUAUGCUGUUUAGAAGUCCCCGUGGCUCUCUCUUGAGUUUCAGCCUCUGUUGUGAGGAAGUUAGUCAGUGUCCUCCCCUCAUAGUCUGGUUUGGGGUGCAUUGAGAACUCCUGGGUAACUUAACUUUGUUCUCAGUUGCUUCUGAGAUGUGAAUGCUAUUUGUGUCUCUCCCCUGUAUGCUUGCACUCAGCAUUUACUUUUCUGGUUCCCAGAGAGUUAUUUUCUCUACUUAGCAUGUGCCUAAUCUUAAAUAUUCCCUUCCUUUUUUUCUCAGCAGACAUCAGGGCUAAUUCCAUUAAAUAUAUGCAAAUAGUAUGUUUCUACGUGUGUGGACACACACACUUAUGCAUGUACACACACACAGCCUUGUAGCCCCCUCAUUAAAGCUCUCCUAACAAAACAUUUGGCCCAUUUUCAAAAAGGUCAUGUUACUUGCAAGUGACUGUCCCUUCUAUUUCAUCUAUAUUUUUGGUUAUUUUUGCCAAGCAGACAGAAUAAGGUUUGAAGUAUGACAGGAAAUAGACUUUUGCAUAAAUGACCAAGAGCUUUGGUGGUCAGAAUGACUGAGGGCCAGCUAGUAGAAUUGUUUUUCCUUCUCAGUCUUUUUUUUUUUUAAUCAUCUUAGAGUUACUUUCCUGGUCACUGACAUUAAGAUAACUAUUGAAUUAGUGAAUGCUUGUUCAGUUUGUCUCUUUAAAGAGUGUUGAACUGGAAUGUUUCCAUUAGUUAUUCUAGGAUUUCAGAAUGGCGUAGCACUUAAUCCAUUGUGUGGACAAUGACACUGAGCCCACGCAUUCUUUUCUUCUUGCCCUCCCGUAUUGUAAGCCACACUGCUCUCUCCUGGCACUUUAUAUUUACUGUGAGUGGGAGCCCAUUAAGUCCAUUUUAUAGAUGAGGACACUGAUCUGGAAUCUGAGGAAUGUUUUUCUAGAAGGUUCUGUGAAUCAGUCAGUUGUCCUAAUGUCCUCAUCCCUGAGAAAUUCUCUAGCUGUUUUGAGCUGGUGGUAAAAAGUUUCUAAGGGCAAAGAGGUUAUUAUUAUUUAACAGCUACUUGGAGACCCAGUUGUUGGGUCCACAGUGCAUGACCACAUUCUUCCAGGGAUGUUGAGCUGUGCAGAAACUGGAACACUCAAAAGAACAAUUUGGCCAGUGGUAUUUCUUCACUGGGGCCAUAUUUCAAAGCACACAACUCUCCAGGGAGAAGAAACCAAAUUGUUUAAAAUGGAGCCAUUUCUCAUUUUAACUUCCUCAAGUAAGAUGUCAGCAGUGUGCAGAAACAAACAAGACAAAACUGAGAUCAUCACUGAUAAAUCCCUCUUAUGGACCAUAUCCAUGAAAAAAUGAGUUUGCGUUUUUGCAGUUCUAGAACAUUCCUCAUUAGCCAUAGCCCUGGGUCAUAACCUCUUCCUCUUAAUUCUCUCUUACCCCUUUGGGAAGGAUUUAAGAUGAGCCUUCAAAAGGAUAUUAACAUAACAUGUAGCCAAUACCACAGCUGCCUUUUAAAUUAAUAAGGUUAAUUGUUCUCCAGCAACAUAAGUUUGUCUUUGGCAUUUUAAAUACUCCUCAUCGAUCUGACAUUUUGCUGUUUUAAGCUUUAAAGGGCUCAAAUCAAAGACCAUUGAUAGCUGAACAAAUAGUGAAGGUCCAGAUAUGUAAAAACAUGGUUGGUUUUUCCAUGGAAAACAGUUAUAGCUUUUUUAAUUCAAUUAAGAUUUUUACAUUAGUCACCUAAGACUUGCUGAAUUAUUCCUAUUUUCAGUUAAGCUAAUUCAAAUAAAUGAACACUAUUGAAUUUUUAACCCUGUUUUAUUUUUUAAAAAAUUUUAAAUGUAUUAAGUUCAUAUCUCUGGGGCCAUGACCACUAAGGAAAUGUUCCAACUUAGAAAUUAAAGAUUCAACAACUAUUUGGGGUCAGAUUCUGAUGAGUUUGGGGAAGAUGAACAUGGCACUUGUGACGUUCAUGUUUCCCAUAUUUUUCAGUGGUAAAGGAUGUCAAUUGCCUUUUUUUUUCAAAUAAGAGGUAAGAUAAAGAAUAACAUUUUCAUAGAAAAUUCAGUAAACUCCUAAAUAUAACUAAUUACAUGAACAGAAUUGGCUUAGACAGCUUCCAAGCCUGAGAGUCCCCAAAGAUUUCUUCAUCAGUUGUUUUUAACUGUGAGUCUUAAUCUUGUUCAUCCCCCUGCUAAAACAUAGCUAAAAGCAUAUACUUGCCAAAUUAUUUAGUCAGGUUAUUUCAACGUUGUUUAUCAUAAUGGAAUGUCUGUGCAUAUGUGUUUGUGUAUAGUAUAUAUAUUUCAAGCUGAAUAUUCAGAAAGAAUUUGGUGAAUUUAUUUGGUGGCUAGAAUAAGAAGUAGAUUAUUAAAAUCAUAAUUAAUGGCCCUCUUAGACAGAAAAGGAGAGUAAACUAUUGAUCUUUCACUCAUGUUAGAUUUAUUGCAUAAGACACCAACUUGCCAUUACCCACAAGAGAGAAAUUGAAUGACACAGCUUUAAUGGUCCAUGUCUGAGUCUAUUUUAACCCAAAAUGGAUGGGAUUGAGCUUUAUAUAAAGGGUUUCCAUUCACAGCUACAUUCAAACACAAUUCAAAACCCACAUCAGAACUGGCUUGAUCUCUUGUAUGGUGGAGCCCAAAGCAAGCUGUGUGCUCUACUCAAUGGUUUCCAUUUGGGAAUAGAUGUUCAUGUACCAAUCACAGCAGCUUAUAUCUGUCAUAUUUUAAUCCAUUGCAUGAGGAAGUGCUACUAACUGUAUCAAAUAUUUCCAAGAAUAGCUACUAAAUUACAUGUUUGCUUAACACCUUUCUACGAUAGAGGAAGUAUAUACUAUGGUUGUCUUCUUGUAGUAUGUCUUUUAUUUUUGUUCAACAUGUUAUCAACUGUUUUAAGGAAUGGGGUUUGAAAUGUGUGUGCAAACUGAUCUGUAUAUAACUCCCAAGACAAUGAAAGUGCCCAGUCCUAUGGUGUAAAAAUGUAAAUACAGGAAAAUUUCAUUUUUCUAAUAAAGAUAA